AGAAGUGUGUGUGUGUGUGUGUGUGAGAGAGAGAGAAAAAAGAGAGAGUGCAGCAAAGAUUUGCCUAUCUUGCAAUUUCAGAGACCGUCAUCACAAUUUAAUAAGAUCUGAAAUCGUCUUUAGUCAGUGUGCGUGUGAGCGAGCCAGCAGGCUUACUGUGAAAUGAUUUUGUGAACAAGACGCUGCAGGAAAAAGGCUCCGAGGAGAGAAUUGAAAUUUUUACAACGGGUCCGUUUAAGGGGCCCUUUUCUUUUCAUUAUUAGAAGCAAGUUUGCCAUGUGAUGUCAAAUGGCACCAGAUGUACCCUUGUUCGUCCAAUGGAACUGUUGCGAGUUUUUGUUUCCUAAUGAUGAUGAUGAUGAUGAAAUUUGCCUGAACUCGAUCACCUUGCAGGAUCGUUGCCCUGUAAGUUACAAGGACAGCCUGGCUGAAAAAGAAACCCAAAACAGCUCGAAUGAUUAGUUUGGAUAUUUUGUUCCUCUCACUUCAAGAAAGUUCAGAGAGAACCCCUCAGGGUCCGACACCAUUCUCUUUACUCUCUACGUAAUUUCUACUCUUUAGAAAACAAAACCAAAAAAACCCUCUAGUAACAAAUCAACAAAUAAAAUGGCUGCUGGAGUUGCAACAUGGUUACCUUUUGCUCGGGCAGCGGCAGUUGGCUGGCUCCCUCUGGCCAAAAAGACUAUGCCCAAACCCCCUGUCGAUAAAAAGAGCCGCAACGAUGAGAUCCUGAUAGUUAACGUGAGCGGGCUGCGCUUCCAGACAUGGAAAAACACCCUGGACCGUUAUCCUGACACAUUGCUGGGAAGCUCUGAAAAGGAAUUCUUCUUUAAUGAAGACACUCAGGAAUAUUUCUUUGAUAGGGACCCGGAGAUGUUUCGGCACGUCCUGAACUUCUACCGCACAGGCAAGCUGCACUACCCACGGCAGGAGUGCAUCCAAGCUUUCGAUGAGGAGCUGGCUUUCUACGGCAUUGUCCCGGACAUCAUCGGGGACUGCUGUAUGGAAGAGUACCGUGACCGCAAAAAGGAAAAUCAGGAGAGGCUGGCUGUGGACGCAGAGGCAGAGAUGGCGACAGACCAACCCUUACCUCCAAACAGCACACCUCGCGAGCGCUUGUGGAGAGCUUUCGAGAAUCCGCACACCAGCACGAUGGCUCUGGUGUUCUACUACGUCACAGGAUUCUUCAUUGCCGUUUCAGUUAUUGCAAACGUAGUGGAGACUGUGCCGUGCCGAGCACCCAAAGGCAGCCAAAAGGACUUGCCUUGUGGUGAGAAGUACUCCGUGGCUUUCUUCUGCAUGGAUACGGCAUGCGUGCUCAUUUUCACAUUCGAGUACCUGAUGAGGUUAUUCGCUGCACCCAGCCGCUGCAAGUUCAUGCGCUCGGUCAUGAGCGUCAUUGAUGUUGUGGCCAUCAUGCCCUACUACAUUGGCUUGGUCAUGCCUGAGAAUGAGGACGUGAGCGGUGCUUUUGUCACGCUUCGUGUCUUCCGGGUCUUCCGCAUCUUUAAGUUCUCGCGCCACUCACAAGGCUUGCGCAUCCUUGGCUACACGUUAAAGAGCUGUGCCUCUGAGCUUGGCUUCCUCCUCUUCUCCCUCACCAUGGCCAUCAUUAUCUUCGCCACAGUUAUGUUCUAUGCAGAGAAAGGCACCAAGGAAACCAACUUCACCAGCAUUCCAGCGUCCUUCUGGUACACCAUUGUCACUAUGACAACGCUGGGAUAUGGAGACAUGGUUCCUAACACCAUCGCCGGCAAAAUCUUUGGCUCCAUCUGCUCUCUGAGUGGCGUCCUGGUGAUCGCACUUCCUGUUCCUGUCAUAGUGUCCAACUUCAGUCGCAUCUACCACCAGAACCAGAGAGCUGACAAGAUGCGAGCCCAGCAGAAAGUGCGUCUGGCCAGGAUUCGCUUGGCUAAGAAAGGAAUCACUAAUGCAUUCCUGCAGUACAAAGAUGAAGGGGGACUACAGGAGUAUGACUGCGACAGUGGCGCUCUGUGUCUGAAGAACAGGUCGUCCUUCGAGCACCAGCACCACCAUCUGUUACACUGUCUGGAGAAGACCACGAACCACGAGUUUACUGAUGAGCUGACCUACAGCGAGAUGUGUAUGGCGGAGUCGGUGGGCUUCCGUACCAGCCGCAGCACAUCGAUCUCCAGCCAACAAGGCGUCUCGACCUCUUGCUGUCCUCGCCGAGCCAAGAGGAGAGCAAUUCGCCUGGCUAACUCCACUGUAUCAGUGAGCCGUGGCAGCAUCCAGGAGCUAGAUACCCUGCAUGUGCACAAGAGCCCGUCUGGUCCUCAGAGUCGAUCGAGCCUCAAUGCCAGGACAGAAGACCUGAAGUUAAACUGUGAAGAGCGAGACUUCACGGCAGCCAUCAUUAGCAUCCCGACUCCUCCAGCCAACACGCCUGACGAAAGCCUGCCAUCGUCGCCUGCUAUCCCAGGCAUCCUGCGAAACUCCCGCUGCUCCUUCAGUCACGAGGUUGUCAAGAUCUCGUCCUUAUAACAAAACCACCUCCAAGCACAGAGCUUUCCUCCAAUGCACAAACAGGAAGGAGGGAGCUUUUCAUGUCAGACUUGACUGUAUCACCAAAAUAUCAUCCAAAAAUACAAUGAAUUUGACAACGGCACCCAGCUACAGCUUCAUCCCAAAUCUAAAGCUCCCUCAAGGUUCUGUGAGGAAAAAGAGGGUUUAAUUACAGCCUUUUUUGGAGGACUGUUUGUUGGGCAUUUAUGAAAUUAUGUUUCUUUCACAGAUCUGCAUUGGGUAUUCUCCCUUUCUUGGGGAAAAAACAGGAAAUGACAAAAGACUCACUUUUUCUUUUUGAUGAAAACAAUAUAGGAUAUCAUGGAUGAUUUAGUGUGUGCAAUCACAGGGCCAGUAUUAAGAGUAUGAAGACAGAACUAUAUUCCUAUAUAGAUAUAUCUUUAGAGAGGAGGACAUACAAAUACUGUAUCCUGCAAUAAAUGCAUACACCAAAAAAAAAAAAAAGAAGAAAAAAAAAAGGAUAUUAUGGUUGAGACUCAGCAGGUCAGUAUAUGUAUAUGUAUCAUAAUUUGUAUCAUACAUCACAUGCAUCUUUCAAAAAAAAAAAAAGGUCAUCAGUGCCACCCUACUCAGACAUGCAUGUUAUUGUGCAGUAGAUUGCAAAGAACAGAGCAGCUAAAAUGCUAUUCCUACCUAUUUUUAUUUUUUGCAUGAGAAUCCUUACACCUCUGGUUUGUUUUGUCGAAUUUUAUUACCUGAUGUCAUUAAAAAAAACAUUUAUAGAAUAUUACAGAUCGAAAAGCGCAAAGUAACUUAAAAAAUGAUAAAGAAAUAAAGAAAAAAAAAACAUUCAGGCAUGACUCUUUGCAAAAUUCUCUGUCUGGACGUCCAAGGGUGUAUGCAGGGGUGAUGGGAGUGAUGAUUGUUAGAAAGGAUUUGUGUACAUUAAUCAUCAAUAUGCAUGGAUACCGUUAUAGGUAUGGUUUUCCUUUACCUUUCCUUUUUACAUUCAUUGCUCCUUUGGUAAGUCGACGGCAUUUUAUUGUAUGUCAUUAUGAAUAGAGGGUAUGAAGGGAUUUGCUACUUUAACUGAAUUCAUAAUGUAAUACAUUUAUAGGAUUAAUUUAAAUCCAUCUCAGUUGGCCUUGUGAUUAUGUGCAUUUUUUUUUAUUAUUUUUUAAAUGUCUGUGACGCAUCAGUGCUGCCAGUCUUUAAUAUGUGCACUUUAAUGCAGUACUUUCUCAGUUAACUGCUUAUAUUAUAAUUUUCUGAUGAUUCACAUUAGGCAAUGAAACUGGCAAUAAAAAUGUAAUUAUUUUAGUAAAAAGUGUUUAAUAUUCCAUAAAACUACUUGCACUUGACUAUGAGGACAAAUGUACUUUGCGACUCCGUUUACAGGCAUCGAUCCAGAAUUAUUUUUUACCUUUGUUUGUUUGUUUGUUUGUUUGAUUGUUUAUCUGACUGUUUGCCGCCAGUUGUAUUUGGAGCCAUAAGGUAGUGAGCUUGGACAUGCUGGGACAGCUGCCUCCACGUCAGCAUACACAGACUGUAUGGACAUGAAUGCGGUAGGAGGAGUGUUCGAUCUGAAAAGCACAGAGGUGUACAGUCUAUUCCACUAAUAAAGUGAA